AUGAGAGUCCUGACUUGUCCGCUCCCCUCUGUAGAUCCGAGGAAGACGGCAUAUUUUUGGGACAGUGUCAGCUGCCAGCUGCUGUGUCCUUUCGUUUUUAAACUACUGUUGGCCUUAUUGCUGACGUGCAGCACCUGUACGAAUGCCAAAUUGACCGUCAACGCUAAGGGUUGCGAUAUUAUUGAACCGAUCGACGGCACGUUGGGUGACGCAUGUCGAUGCUUCGCUACCCUGAGGACAUCGAACAACAAGGAAUACGGUAAUGGAACGGAUGAUGAUGAGUGGAGCACCGUGGAACGGGGUUCGCAUAUCCCGUGGGUCGGAUGUACUCGAGAGCGGAUGCCAGCCAUCUACCGGGCGCUAGACUCGCUAAAGAACGGUACUCGACUCAGCAAGCUGUGGAUAUGGGACAGUCUGAUUCCGGUGGUGCCUUUGAAGUUCUUCGCCAAGUUGCGCAUGAGAUGGCUUGUGCUGGAGAAUAGCCAUGUUGGUGAAUUCUUGCCUGGGGUUUUGACCCCUCUUGGCCGCGAUUUGCGAGUUCUCGAACUAAAGAACAAUAUCAUCUAUAAAUUGGAUGCUCCGAUCUUUGCUGGCCUCGAUUCACUUUUCACUCUCGACCUCAGUGGCAACAGACUCUCAGAGUUGAAUCGGAACUCAUUCGGAAGUGCCUUGCCUUCCUUGAGGACUCUUAUUCUGUACAAGAACAACAUUUCAGUUGUCGGCAACCAUACGUUUACUCACAUACCGAAGCUCGAGACAUUGAAUCUCGCCCGAAAUGCUAUAUCUGAAAUCGGAAGUCAUGCUUUUGACGGCCUGAUAAAUCUGAAGGUGUUGAAUUUGGAGCACAACCAGAUCCGAAUCAUUGCCAACGACGCCUUUGACUCUCUCGCAAGUCUCAGGGUGCUAAACCUGGGAAGCAAUCAGUUGUCGUCGUUGUCGUUUACCAUGCUGCCUGCUCUCGUGCAGCUGUUGCUACACAACAAUUCCUUCCGUCACGUUGGAGACAUUCGUUCGUCCUCACCUUUGACAGAGCUCAAGUCAUUGUACCUCGACAGGAACCAGAUCACGCAGCUCAGCAACGACGAUUUUAAGGCGUUUUCAUCGCUGACCACUCUUUCCAUGACGUGCAAUGAACUGAGCACUUUCGAGCCUGAUUCUCUGGCCGCAUUGAACGCUCUUAAGGUCUUGUCGUUGCAGAACAACAAGAUCAGCCACAUACCAGAUGGCCUGUUCGUGAACUUGAGGAACCUGACUCAGCUGUUUCUGUCCCAGAAUAACUUGAGCGAUUUUUUCGGCAACAUAUUUAUCGGUCUCGACCAGUUGGAAAUCCUCACUGCCUCGCAUAACCGCAUCAGAAGCAUAGAACACUCCGUGUUCGCUAAUUUUACUGCCCUCCGAAAAUUGUACCUCAACGACAAUCAGUUACGGUCACUGUACAAUGAUACUUUCGCCGAAAUUCAGGAUACUUUGGUAGCCUUGGAUCUGUCUGACAAUCCAUGGCAGUGUGAUUGCAAUAUGCUUUGGUUCGUGCAGUGGAUAAACGAAGUGAAGAACGUCGUGCUGAACGACUUCCAGACCCUGUGCGAUCAGAAUGCCUAUCAGCUGAGCUCGGUGUUGCACGAGCUGUCGAACUACUGCCAAAGAGCGGAGAACCAGCGUCUGGGUAUGGUUCCGGGCGGAGGUGAAUCGAGGAACAUCUGGAUCUCAGUGUUCAGUAUCAUUCUCGGAGUGGCGUCAAUUCUGAUCCUCUCCGCAGUGGCGAUGCUCUACAUCCAGGACGGUAUAAUGAUGAGCAAACAGGAGAUGAAGAGAGUGCCGUCGGAUAUGGUCGGACUAAUCUCAGAUCGUCAUGUGGAAAGAUCGAGAUCGUAA